UCUCUCACUCUCUAAUUACGAGACUUCAUGCACAUAUGCUUUAGUCAUCCCUCUCUAAUUUGAUCUCCUCUUGAGUUAACCCCACACCGCUCUCGAUCAAUCACGUCCCCUCAUGGAAACCCUGCACAUUCUCUUCAGUGUGGUGGCCGCUGUUUCGGCAUACCUCCUCUGGUUCUCCUUCCUGGCCCGAACACUGACUGGCCCGAAGGUGUGGCCGCUCGUGGGGAGCCUCCCCGCCCUUUUCGCAAACCGCUGGCGCAUCCACGACUGGAUGGCCGGCAACCUCCGUGCCACCGGCGGCGCCGCCACAUACCAGACCUGCACGAUUGCGCUCCCCUUCGUGGCCCGCCGGGAGGGGUUCUACACCGUAACGUGCCACCCCAAGAACAUCGAGCACGUGCUCCGGACCCGGUUCGACAACUACCCCAAGGGCCCCGAGUGGCAGGCUGCCUUCCACGACUUGCUAGGCCAGGGGAUCUUUAACAGCGAUGGAGACACGUGGCUGAUCCAGCGGAAGACGGCGGCUCUCGAGUUCACGACCCGGACGCUCAGGCAGGCCAUGGCCCGGUGGGUUAGCCGGACCAUUAAGUCACGCCUUUGGACGAUUUUGGACAAAGCUGCUCGGGGUAAAACCUCGGUGGACUUGCAAGAUCUGUUGCUUCGUUUGACGUUCGACAACAUAUGCGGACUCACGUUCGGCAAAGACCCAGAGACUUUGUCCCCGGCAAUGCCCGAGAACCACUUCGCCAUGGCCUUCGACACCGCCACUGAGGCGACGCUCCAGAGGUUGCUAUACCCGAGCUUCCUAUGGAGGUUGAAGAAGAUCUUCGGGCUCGGCUCGGAGAAGAGGCUAAAGAGGAGCCUCGAGGUCGUCGAGAAUUACAUGAAUGACGCCAUCGACGCGAGGAAAGAGGCUCCGUCCGAUGAUCUCCUGUCGAGGUUUUUGAAGAAGCGCGACGUGGACGGGAACCUCUUCCCCAUAUCCGUCCUCCAGCGCAUCGCGCUCAACUUCGUCCUCGCCGGGCGCGACACGUCCUCGGUCGCCCUCAGCUGGUUCUUCUGGCUGGUGAUGAACAACCCCGACGUGGAGGAGAAGAUCAUCCGGGAGAUCUCAACGGUGCUCCGGGAGACACGCGGUGACGACCCGGCGAAGUGGGUGGAGGACCCGCUGUCCUUCGAUGAGGCAGACAGGUUGAUAUAUCUGAAAUCUGCAUUGGCCGAGACUCUGAGACUGUAUCCUUCCGUGCCCGAAGAUUUCAAGUACGUGGUCUCCGACGACGUCUUACCAGACGGCACGUUUGUGCCUGCUGGGUCAACAGUGACGUACUCGAUAUAUUCGAUCGGGAGGAUGAAGACCAUAUGGGGUGAGGAUUGCAUGGAGUUCAAGCCGGAGAGGUGGUUGUCGCCGGAGGGCGACCGGUUCGAGCCGCCCAAGGAUAGUUACAAGUUCGUAGCCUUCAACGCAGGGCCCAGGACUUGCCUCGGGAAGGACCUCGCUUACCUGCAGAUGAAGUCGGUGGCGUCGGCGGUGCUCCUCCGCUAUGCGUUGUCGCCGGUCCCCGGCCACCGGGUGGAGCAGAAGAUGUCGCUCACCAUGUUCAUGAAGGACGGGCUCCGUGUGUACUUGCGCCCACGGGCCCUCGUGGGCCUGGCCCAGAAACUCGCCGCCUCGGCGUAGAGCCUUGAAGGCGUGGAUGGAGCUCUCACGACUUUGGCCACGGUGGUGGCUGGAACUUGUAAAGGCGUAAUAAGGUCGUUCAACUUGAUUUUGCGUUAUAGGGUUAUUACUAGGUCCGUGUGGCGAUUCAUGCAUACAAACCCACGGUAAAAUUUGUUCUUGGUUCUGUAAUUGUUAUUCGUCGUUGUUUCAUGUGGGUGGGGGGUUCCAAUUUCAUUCAAGAGUAUACUUGUAACAUAAAAAAGGUUGUCAUUGUGAUAAUUCUGCCUUUUAC